AUGGAUUUCAUCAAGACCACUUCGCCGCGUGCUCUGAACUGGUCCAGACGGCUUAACCGAGCAACCGCGUUCCAACCGCGCGUACCGGCCGACGAGGAACUAUCGUCCCACGAUCGACCCACGCAGAUAGUCCGCGUUCCAUCCCGCCUAGUUGCACGGCCGAGCUCACGUACCGACCCGGGAAGCAUCGUCCCGCGGUCGACCCGUCCAAGUCUCGCCACCAUAAGCCGCGCACGACCGCACCGCGCCGAACAGGGAGGCAUCGCUCUAUGCCCGUUCCGACCACUCGCCACAAUCGUGCUGCGCACGAUCACACCGUCCGACCAGGAAGGCAUCGUCCCGCGUCCGGGCCAAAACCUUGACCAAAACCAUCCGUCCGGCCGAACCCGACGACCGAACGACGAAUCCCUCGGCCACGAUCGACCCGAUCGUACCGAUGGCCGAUCAUCACCCGAUAGCCGGCCGAACGUCCGAACGGUCCGGUCGACCCGAAGCCCGUUUUGA